AAGGUCAACUAGAAGAUGGGACUCUUCACUUAUUUCAGCCUUUGCUUCCUUGGACUCCUGAUUGCCAAUUCUUUCUUGGAAGCUGAGGCUGACACCUGUGCCAGGGAAUGGCUGCAAAACCAGGGUAACUGUUAUGCAUACUUUGAUAAUAAACUGACCUGGCAAGAAGCUGAGACUGAGUGCCAGAGCUAUGGCCGUGGAGCUCAUCUCGCCUCCAUACUCACCAAAGCCGAGACUUUCUUGGUGGCUGAGCAUAUCUCCACUUACCAACGAAGCCUAAGCAAUGUCUGGAUUGGCCUUCAUGAUGUCCGCCAGAACGGGAAAUGGAGGUGGACUGAUGAAUCAACUUACAACUAUAAGGCCUGGAUGAAAAAUCAGCCAGACAAUACUGGCAAAGCUGAACACUGUGUGGAGCUGGUUCAUUCUAAAGGUUUUAGAGAGUGGAAUGAUGUCCAUUGCCAGACACGCAACGCUUACAUCUGCAAGCAUCAGCUUUAGCCUCUGCUUGCGGGGAUGCCAUUCAAUCAGAGGAAGAUAAACCAAGUUACUUUGUGGAUGCCUUUUUCAUGCCAUUCAUUACCACCCUCCACACCACAGAAUGGAAGACCAGCUCUCAUCUAUCCCCCUUAAAAAUCCUACCCCAGAAGAGAUGACUUGGAGUUCUCCAUCUUCUCUUGACUCUUAUCAAUCACAGUG